AUGAUUCUGCUCAACUACCGUCGUUGCCAGAACAGUCCGAUAAGACUCUCUCAGUUUUUUCACCGCUACCAUUAUCAGUGUGAUAGUCAAAGUUAUCAGAAGCAGCAACAUCGACAGAUGAGGAAUUAUCAUGGCCAGCGUCGCCUACCGUACAAUUUUAUGCAUUGUACUUAUUGUUUACUGUACUGCAAUGGUUUCCUGGAUCUGCAGGAAUAUUCGAAACAGCAGGAAAGAAAACAUCGUCGAAAAAUCGUCCUACCAUGCGUGAUACCAUGGGAAUAUGGCUCGAACGAAUAUGCUAGCCAGAAAGGCACUGCUGGCUUUGGUACCAUCAGAAAUGCUACAACGACAGUCAAAAGCAGUCGACAGCUUAGCGACAGUAACGACGGUGUGGUGCCGUGGAUGAAUUGUCCUCCGCUGCACGACAAGGAGCUCGCUUCUCAAGCGGGCCUCACACCAUUCGGUGGAAUUCGAGAACAUGCCAUCAAAGUACAGGACAGGGAAGGUGAAAAGAAAAAAGAUAUCAACAAACUUGUUGGCGAUCAAGCCUCAGAGGGUAUCCUGAAGAUUUGGUCGCUACCUAAUCCAGAUGCCAAAAUCAACCAGCCAUUUGGUGAGUGUUGUGUGUGA